AUUGGUUGCUCGCUUUACGGCUCGGUAGCACUCACUAGAGCACCCGGAUAUAGGGAUAGGGUUUCCGCUUCCGCCUUUUCCCUCCUCCCGCUUGCCCUCCGAGCUUACUAGCCGCCACAGCGGCCGCUUCCUAGCCAGGUGUUGGUGGGUCGGUUGGUUUGCCUUCCAUCGUCAUUGUCCGUGCCGUUGAACUACCCGCUAUGGCUGAGGUGGAUCCCUUUGGCGCCCCCGCCGGCGCCCCAGGCGGCCCCGCGCUGGGGAAUGGGGUGGCCGGCGCCGGCGAGGAAGACCCGGCCGCGGCCUUCCUGGCGCAGCAGGAGAGUGAGAUUGCGGGCAUCGAGAACGACGAGGCCUUCGCCAUCCUGGACGGUGGCGGCCCUGGGCCCCAGCCGCACGGCGAGCCGCCGGGGGCUCCGGAUGCUGUCGAUGGAGUGAUGAAUGGAGAAUACUACCAGGAGAGUAAUGGUCCAACAGACAACUACGCAGCCAUCUCACAAGUGGAUCGGUUGCAGGCAGAACCUGAAAGUAUCCGCAAAUGGAGAGAGGAGCAGACGGAACGCUUGGAAGCCCUUGAUGCCAAUUCUCGAAAGCAGGAAGCAGAGUGGAAAGAAAAAGCAAUCAAGGAGCUAGAAGAAUGGUACGCCAGGCAGGACGAGCAGCUUCAGAAGACACGAGCCAGCAACAGGGUGGCAGAUGACGCAUUCUACAAACAACCCUUCGCUGACGUGAUUGGUUAUGUCACAAACAUAAACCAUCCUUGCUACAGCCUAGAACAGGCAGCAGAAGAGGCCUUUGUAAACGACAUUGACGAGUCCUCCCCAGGCACUGAGUGGGAACGGGUGGUCCGGCUGUGUGACUUUAACCCCAAGUCCAGCAAGCAGACCAGAGACGUCUCCCGCAUGCGCUCGGUCCUCCUCUCCCUCAAGCAGGCCCCCCUGGUGCACUGAAGAGCCGCCCAGUGGAAACACUACAUCUGCAAUAUCUUGAUCCCACUCGGUGACCCCUUCAGAGUCAUUGGAUUAAUUAUGUUGAGUUCUUUUGGACCAAACCUUUUGUCUUUAGAGUUGAUCAUUGUUCGUGAUUGCAUGUUUCCUUCAACGGGGUUCUCCCUGCACUCGGAGGGGGAGAGGAAGGCAGGGGACCUCCCGGCAGUCGUCUCACCUGUGCUUUUCUGCAUUAUUCUGAAUAAAUUUCUGUUCAAAC